GGGCGGGGCGUCGGGUUUGGUUUCCUCGGCGACGGCGACCGAGGGCGGUUGAUUAGUGUUCCGUGCUGACUGCGGAGGCAUGGAGGCUUCUUCCGGCUUGCAGACCGAUUGCGAGAAGCUGCUUAGCCGCUUUCAGGAGAUGGACAGUGUGCGCUUCGAGGACUUCACGGAGCUCUGGAGGAAGAUGAAGUUUGGGACCCUCUUCUGUGGCAAAAUGAGAAAUUUAGAAAAGAACACAUUUACAAAAGAAGCCUUAGCUUUGGCUUGGAGAUAUUUUUUACCUCCAUACACCUUCCAGAUCAGAGUUGGUGCUUUGUAUUUGUUGUAUGGAUUGUAUAACACCCAGCUGUGCCAACCAAAACAAAAGAUCAGAGUUGCACUGAAGGAUUGGGAUGAAGUUUUAAAAUUUCAGCAAGAUUUGAUAAAUGCACAACAUUUUGAUGCAGCUUACAUUUUUAGGAAGCUCCGAGUAGACAGAGCGUUUCACUUUACAGCAAUGCCUAAAUUGCUUUCAUAUAGAAUGAAGAAAAAAAUUCAGCGAGCUGAAGUUACAGAAGAAUUUAAGGACCCAAGUGAUCGUGUAAUGAAACUUAUCACUUCUGAUGUAUUAGAGGAAAUGCUGAAUGUUCAUGAGCAUUAUCAGAACAUGAAACACGUAAUUUCGACUGAUAAGUCCAAACCGGACAAAGCCCUCAGCUUGAUAAAGGAUGAUUUUUUUGAUAAUAUUAAGAACAUAGUUUUGGAGCAUCAGCAGUGGCACAGAGACAGACAGAAUGCACCCUUAAAAUCAAAUCUUAAAGAUGAAGAAGAAAAGAGAGAAGGAAAUGCACAAGAAUCACAGAGAUGUGAAAGAGCUGAAUCAUUAGCAAAAAUAAAAUCAAAAGCCUUUUCAGUUGUUGUUCAGGCAUCCAAGUCAAGACGGCACCGUCAGGUCAGACUGGACUCUUCUGACUCUGACUCUGCAUCUGGUCAAGGACAAACCAAAGCAGCCAGGAGGAAAAGAGCCAGGCCAGCGCGGAAGUCAGCAGGAAGGAAGGCGUCUGCCAGGAGCAAAGGUAACGUGCAGAAUAUACAGAAGGAAGAAAGAUGUUUAAGUUUGAGUAUGCCUGUAAUUACAGAAGAGGAAGAAGAAAAUGACAGCUUUAAUGAAGCAGAGUUCGCUGCACCCAAGAGGAAAAGAAAUCGCUGAACAAAGAGCCUGAUGUGGACUUUCAAACUUUGAGCUGACAGAAGAAAAGAUUUAUAUUUUGUGAACUGAACAGGAAGACUGCCAGUAUUAAAAAUAAUUAUUCUGAAGAACUGAAAGUUAUUUCUUUGAAACAAGAAUACUUUAACGCAGUUAAGGAGAGGAAGAAUUUUCUCUGAAAUUUAAUUUUUAAAAUUUUCUUCUGUAAAAUCUACAUAAAUGGAGACAAUUACAUUUAAAAUGUAAUAGAAAAUAACCUUGUUGUCUGCAGAUUAUUACUAUGUUCCAUACUUUUUUGUGGUAUUGUCUAAAUACAGUGCUAGUAAUAUUGAUGCUUCUAUUUUAUUUAAAAUCUUUAAAGAGUAAUAUUUAUUGUGUGUAAAUGACUGUAUCUACAAUGUGGGAAUUGAUUUGUAGAUGAAUAUUUACUACUUGUGCAUUGAAUGAUUAAGUGCAAUAAAAACUUUGCCUUUUUUGUUUUGUUUUUU